AUGGCAUUGGAUCCUAAAAUCACUUUCUUUGGAGAAAGAAGGCUGAAGUUUGUGAAUGCCCUAUUCGCCUGGGGCAGGAAGCUUUCACACGUGGACGCCGAUCUUCAAGAUGCCGUCCGGUUCCUACAUGGCCUCGAAGUCGACUUUGACCGAUUCCGACUGCUGGUGGAGUCUGAACAUACAAAUUACUGUUUCCCUUUGAAGUGCCAAAUCAUCACCCACACGAUUCAAGAUGCCAUGGACACCCUACGGAGACAAACUCUCUUCAAUCCCGGUGAAGUUGGUCAGAUUCUAGAGAUGAUUGCGCAACACAUCGGCCGCCUCAGUCUGAGCAAGCAGGAAGGCAUUGACCUAUAUGCAGAGCAUAUGGAUGGAGAAGCCGAGAAAGUAAAUUCAUUGUGGACAUCAAGAAUGACGCUGUUGGAUGCCAAGGACGAGACGCGGCGGCGAAGGCUACAGGAGAUUUGGGAGCGCCUUCACUUUACCCUGCCCGACUGCGCAUGUCUUCAAUGUUGUCGAUUCUCCGGUCUUCUCGGAUUCAUCAUAGCUGUCGAUCAAACCUUAUCCGAGCCCGAGACUCCGCGCGCAUCCACGCGAGCGGCGAAGUGGGGAGUUGAAGACGAGCAAAUCGACUGGAAGACUGAAGUUGGGCUUGGCAAAAUGCGGCCUGCUGACACAGCACCUCCGAUGGACUCCAUGGAUGGAUCCAGUCCAGUCUGCAAGAGCGGGUCUGUCCAUUGGACGGUCAGCCAGGUCAAAGAGUACUGUCGCACCAGCAGAUCCCAGGCACACGAUAAACUUCCAGGUUCAAUUCGAGAAAUCUUCACCUCCGAUCCACCGAUGCCCCACAGGAUGACUGGAGGAUCAGUCUGCUACCGUACUCUCCACGAGAUCCAGUCUCCACCGUCCGAGGGUACCGCGACCGUCCAGCUCUUAUCGCCGUUAUCGCCCACGCUGAUUGCCCCGCUCGCGGGUCUGGGCGAUCUGGAACUGCGGCCGAUUCCGGCGAUGGCUUACGUCAAUCCCCACGGGUGCCCUGGCGGCAACGAUCCCUGGCAUCCCACGAUGUCUUAUCACGCAGCGAUCCAGAAAAUCAUGGGGCUGGCCUCGGGGAGUCGGUCAGACAGCAGCCCAAAGCUCCAGUUUACGAAGAAUGGCACUUUUCAUAUCUCGGUCUUUAACGACCUGCACUUUGCAGAGGAUGCCAACAACGAUGUCAAGACCCAGGAUGUCAUGACCAAGCUCAUUGGGAUGGAAGAUCCCCAGCUCAUCGUCGUGAAUGGGGACUUGAUCUCGGGCGAGGCAACGAGGAGUAACAACUCGGAUCAAUUCAUUCAGCAAGUGUUGAAGCCACUCAAACAGGCCGAGAUACCGUGGGCAUCCACGUACGGCAAUCACGACAGCGACGGCAACCUGGACCCCCAACAGGAUAUAUAUGAUCACGAGAAGACAUAUGAGAAGAGUCUGACGAGGAGCAUGAUCUCAUCGCCGACCGCAGGAGUCACAAACUACUAUCUGCCGGUGUAUACGCGAGGGGGCUCCGAGGACACCCCUGCUCUUCUUCUCUGGUUCUUUGAUUCUCGCGGUGGUAACUACCCGACAAAUCGGGGACAAGAUGACCCUUCGGGCAGACGAGGCGAUUGGGUGGAUGCCGAGGUGGUGAAAUGGUUCCAAGAGAAAAACAACAACUUGACCGAGGAAUAUGGCAAAAUUAUCCCCUCCCUAGCAUUCUACCAUAUUCCCGCGCACGCCAUGGCCAAGUACCAGGAUGAUUACUACGACAACCGAACAGCUCCCGGCAUCAACGGCGAGAGUGUGGUGCCUCAAGGCGGGGGUGCAACUGAAUACGCCGGCCAGGACACCCGCUUCAUGCAGGCAUUGCUCGAAACUCCCGGGCUCAUGGCCACCUUUAGUGGCCAUGAUCAUCUGAAUGACUGGUGUUUCAAAUGGAACAACGGCAUCAAGGACCAAAACCUCACCGGCAAUGGACUGAACAUGUGCUACGGCCGCCGUACGGGCUAUGGUGGCUAUGGAGAUGUCCCACGCGGUGGAAGACAAAUCCUUCUACGCGAAAAGCAUAUGGAAAAGGAAUUCGACACCUGGAUUCGACUGGAGGAUGGAAGCAUUUCCUCCGCCAUCACACUCAAUUCGACCUAUGGUCAGGAUCGGUAUACUGAGCGGGAAAUGAGCAUGUUGCGAGUGCAGGCCUCUGGCAGUCAGGCUCUGCAAUCUAGCACUCUGCUACCGUUGUUGAUGUUCUGGUUGUUUGCAUUUGGAGUACAGUACAUGAGACGCUUGUAA